ACGGAGGAAAGCUGACACUGCUCUCACACACUCAUGUGAAACGCAUCCUCCACAGACCUACCCCCCGCGCGGGAUUCCUUCCCCUCAUCCAGCCCUGACAGACAGUGCAGUAAAAGCCAAGUUUGGAUCGCAUGCUAUCCUCUGGCAGCUGCAUUUUCUCGUGAAAAGAUUGCCAAUGGAGUGCUAUUACAUCGUGAUCAGCUCCUCUCACCUGAACAAGGGACACUUCCGCAACAUCAAGGGAGUUUUCAGAGGACCGCUUACCGGCUCCAAAACUCUGGAAUUGGAUGAAAACACUAGAACGAAUUCCUUGGAAUCACUUAAAGCUAAUUUCUACUGCAGAUUAUGUGACAAGCAAUACCAUAAGCACAAAGAAUUUGAUAACCAUAUAAACUCAUAUGAUCACGCACACAAACAGAGGCUAAAAGAAUUGAAACAGAGGGAAUUUGAGCGGAACGUAGCUUCCAAAUUAAGAAAAAAUGAAAGAAAGCAAAAAAAAUAUCUUCGAAGGCUACAUAAACUGGAUAAGCUUAGAAGAGAAACAACCUGGGCUCCAGGAAGUGGCCCCAUGUUCAAGUCAACCACAGUAACUGUUAGAGAUCACGUACGUGAGAGUCGUCACAGUACCAUUGUCCAUUCAGUUGAAAAAGAAGACCCUAAAGGAGCAACUUUCAAAAGUACAAAUGUGAUGUCCAUACUUCUGUCAAGUUCAGAAGGCUCUCAAAAUGAUAAACAAAACCUUAGUAACCAGGAUGAAAAAGCAAAGGCACACAAAGUAAGCUUCUCUUUCGCAUUUCCUAAAAAGACACAGUUUAAACUUGAAUCAUCAGCUGCUGUUUUCUAUGAAGUCAGCGAUGAUGUUACCAGCGAGCGUGGUUCCCGAAAACAAAGCAGAUGCCUCCCUGGAUCAUUGACCGCCCAAUCUACAUUGCCAACAGUAGUAGUGUCACCCCUAAACAAAGUUGAUCAGUCCGUACCAGUAUUAGAAAAAUAUAACUCUGAUGAAAGACAUGACCCUCAGGAUGUAAAUAUGCAGCAGGUACCUGACAGCAAAUUGAGUAUAUAUUUAGCCUCUGAACUUACUAAUUUAAAAGUGCCUUCUAACCUUGAUGCCUCAACAAAUCCUACUAACCAAGAGGUACGGAUCAAUUUAAAUCAAACCCCAUGUAGAGAUGAACCUGGAAAUGGAGAAAUGACUGUGAUAUGUCCCACAUCCAACAAAACUGACAUAAAAUUCAUCACAGAGGAAGUUAAUUUGAAUAAUUGUAAUACAGACAGUUCACAUAAAAAUGAUCAUUUGAUGGUGGAUGAAUUAGCAAGUAGCACUGUGUUUGAAGAAGAAUUUACAAAAACAAUAUCAAGUCCUAUUUCAUCAUCUUACAGUCGUUUAGAUCCUUCAAAGGCAGAAACGAAAGGCUCAUCACUUUCAAGAUCUGGUGAAGCUUUUCACCCUGUACAAAGCAAAGAUGGCUCAAGAGUCCUUCAGUGGCCUUCUGAGAUGUUAAUGUACACGUAUACACAGCCAUCGAUUUCCUAUAGUUGCAACCCACUAUAUUUUGACUUUAGGGCAUCAAAAACAACUGACUGUAGAGUUCAAAAGAGUAAUUUACGGUUCUAUCCAGACACAGCUACAUCACUGCAUUCCAAUAAAAAUAUCUUGCAGGAAAGUUUAUACAAAGAAGGUAAAACAAAUUCUGUUUGUACCUUUAAUGGGUCGCAAUCUAGUAAUGAUGUUUUAAGCAAAAACUGUGAUUUUGUGCAAUUCCAAAAUAAUCGGAAAUGCCGUAGGAUUAUUUGUAGCAUUAAAGAAAAUGAAAAGCAAAAAAUCACUAAAUACUAUCUAGGCAAAGAAGACGACUUGAAUCAAAGACAUAAAAGAGAAAAACCCAAAGUCAACAGAAGAUUUCACAGUUGUGAAAGAAGAAAACGGCAGAGAACAUGUGCCUCUACAGAUGCAAUAUACAAAUGCAGAUGCAAGGAAAGGCGUGGCAUUUACGUUAAUUGCAAGCAUGCUUUGAAAAGUUUAGAAAGACAAGCUGCAGAAUCAAGGAAGUCAUUUGGCCCAUUAAAACAGUUAACAGAUUCUAAUCAAAUACCACAUGCUGAGAAUGAACACAUAGGAAGAGAAUUAUUAAGAAUACCAACAUUACAGAUCAAACGGGAAUGCAAAGUAUGGAACGUAGAUCAUAUAAAAGAACUUGCAGAUCAUUUUGAACAAAACAAAGAUGCUGGCUCUUUUAACCACCGAUCAAAACAGCUUCAGCUUGAAUCUAAAGAAAACACUUUGGAAGCAUUAUGUAGCUGGAACACAGAUAAAAUACACUCUAAUCAUCUAAGACCUGAAACAUGUUUCAAUCAUAGCUUUUCUUUUAAAAGAACAUAUACUGCUAUCAGUGACGAAAUAGAAUUUGUAUACAAGAAACCUAGACUCUGUAAGCCCCUUUGCUCAUCUAUUCCAAAAAGGAUAUUUCCAGGGCAAAACAUGUGUGUGUUAUAUAAGUCCCUAAACAGAAAAGUAAUGGCUGACUUUGCACCAGAAAACCACUUAAAGAGAGACCCGUGGUCAAAAUAUUUAAAUUCUAAAGCAUUCGAAGGUAUUGGAAAUUUGCUUGCUCGAAAUAAUCAUUUACAAAAUAAAUCAUUUAGGACCACAGAGAUUUUCAAGAACAUUAAAAUAAUCAAGAGAGCAGUCAAAAACAAAUUAGACCAACUGUAUAUGAGGUUAUUUGAUUUUAAGGAAAGCAAACAAACAGAAUUAUUUUCUAUUGAAAAUGUUCCAGACUAUACAGGAAACGUCAGAAACUCACUAACUAUAAAACAGAAAGAUUCUUUGCCUGAAGUAAAAAGCAUUGAGCACAACAAGCAACACAACGGUGAAAUUCCAAACCUACCUUGUAGCAAAAACAUAUCAGAGCAAUGUAUAAUGGGAUCACAUUUAUCAAACAAGUUGGUAAGGGAAGUGUAUAAUGAAUCAGGAAGGAAUUCUGUCAAAUGUACCUCACAGGCUUUAUCAAAGCAUUCAUUACAAUGUAAAGAAACACGCAAGACUGACCAAACAUUUAUAAACGAGGAAUUGUUUUCCCAUGUUGCCCUCCCUUAUCAAGCGACUCCUUCUUCAAAAAUGGAUUCAAAGAGACAUAAACAUCAUCAGUGUGGAACCUACAGCCGUACAAUACAGCCGAAUAUUUUUCCUGACAAUUUCAGAGUGGUAUUACCUACAUUGGCCAUUCAGUCUUGUGGCUCUUUAUAUCCAGUGCAAUUAGAGCAGCCAUUUUGUUCAGCUUCAGUAGCUACAGUACAGCAUACAUUAUUGCAGCAUAACACAGUGGACUCUUUUUCAGCUACCUCCGUGGAUAGUGUUAAACUGGUUGACCCUCAACAAUAUUUUAUGACACCACCAUCUCAACUGUUCUCAAGAACUCCAUUCUACCAAAUAACUGUGGAGCCUGGAUUUUGUCCAACAGAACCAUUUCUCUCCUCGCCACAAAUACCAGUUCUGUCAAACUCUGUUCUAUGUCAAAUUCCAGUCCCUCUUCCACAUGUUUCCCAUCCUAGAGUUUUUCCUGUCCUUCAUUCACCUCACCCACCCCUAAUUCCUUUGCAUCCUCUUUAUUAA